AUGGAUGUGAGUAGCCUUACACAGGUAACGCGUUUACCAAAUUGUAACAUUGUGCGAUUGCUUUCGUGCUUUGAUGUGUACACGUGCGAUUGCCAAAGGACGAAAGCAAGAAAAACACCCGGCGUUUAUUAUCGUCUGGGAUUUAGUAUACUAGUACGAUAGCCAACCAAACGUUUUUCUUUUUUAGCUAAUUUCGAAAUUCGCUGCGACCUAGAAAGCACCAAAGCACGAAAAAUCUGACAAUUUGGUGAUCAAAAUGGCUAUCUAGGAUUUAGUACGCUACUAACACACAAUCCAUUGUAAUAGUUUUUCGCUAAUUUCAAAAUUCGCUGCGAACUAGAAUUUUCCAUGCCCUCGGCUAUGUAUGGGUUUUAUCAUCUUGUAUGAUAUUAUAUCUACACAUAUAUAUAUAUAUACAGCAAUAUACUCCCUAGGCGGCAUAUGGAGUAUAUUGGCCUACGUAGCCUGAGCCUAAUCUCUAGACUGGCUAAAUAGACCCCUACAUUAUUUUCGUGAAAAUUCUGUCGC